CAAACCAAAAACAAUCCCCUUACAAGAAUAUCAAAUAAAUCAACCAAGAUGAGAAAAGUAAUCAUUGCAGCUUUCUUGGUGGUCUGCAUUUGCGCUUAUCCAUCUCCGAACAACGAAGUCGAUGUUGCCUUUGAAGAAAUCAUCUUCAGAAAUAUCCCAAAUAUCAAAAAACAACUCUCUAACAAACCCAUCACAAUUUCCGACGAAGAAUGGAAAGAUAUUAUCGACAUCUGCAAACCCAGCCAACCUGGUGAUAGUACCGAUGACAACGUAAAUGCUUGCAUCGAUAAAUUAUUUAGCAUUGUUGAUGGGUUUAUUGCCAAAAACUUCGAUCCAUUACCUCUCAAAGACAUGCAUGCAGGAUUCAAUUAUACCCUGAUUAUAACCUACCAUGGAGAGCUGGACUUAACUAAUGGCAAAUUGCUGGGUUUUUCGUCACUCCAUCGUACUGACGAUGCCACGUACAACUAUGAUCUACUCGCUCAAACAGCCACUAUUGCGGUUGGAUUUGGUUUUGACCAACUUGGAUUCACAUAUGACUACAGUGCAAAAAUCAUGAAUCUGGGGCCCAUUGGAGGACUUGAGGGCAGUGUGACUGAUCUUGGCAUGAAUUUGGAACUUGAGUUCGAUUUCAAAAACAAAGCUUUGACUUUGGAAGAUUUCAGCAUUACUGAUUCUGGAAAAAUUACAUUUAAAUUUACUGGACACGCAAUCGUCGACUUCUCAACUGUUUGACCAAACUGAUCACAAAAUUGAUGAAAGACUUGAUUUUGGAGGUGAUGGAAGAUCUUGUUGGAGGUGCCAUAGAUGCCAUCGUUGACGCAAUUAACAACUACUGGCACAAUACUCUUCCAUUCUACGAUUUUUCAGAAUACCACAAAUAUCCUAUUGCCAAAUUCAAUGUUGCUUAAAAAUACUAAAAUAAAGAAAUGCUUUUUCUAA